GCCCGAGUGCGAGGAGGAGCGGCGGCGGCGCGGUGCUCCUGCCGGGCGGGCGGAGCUGGAGAUGCCGGCCCGGACCAGGGCCCCGCCGAGCUGCUCCGGGCUGGAUCUCCGCACCGCGCUGCCGCCCGCCAGCCCGCCCGGGGGGCAGCGGCCCGCGCCCGGCCUCCCGCGCCUCAGCCCGCGCCCCAAGUCAUUGUAGGUUUGGUGUCUUGGAAGUAUGGAAUCAAUCUCUAUGAUGGGGAGUCCCAAGAACCUCAAUGAAACUUUUCUACCAAAUGCUGCCAAUGGCAUCAAGGAUGCCAGUAAGGUCACAAUAGGAAUCAUUGGAAGCGGAGACUUCGCUAAGUCAUUGACAAUCAGACUUAUCAGAUGUGGGUACCACGUGGUCGUAGGGAGCAGAAACCCUAAACACGCUGCUGACUUCUUUCCCCAUGUGGUUGAUGUCACUCACCAUGAAGAUGCAGUAGCUAAAACAAACAUCAUUUUUGUAGCCAUACACAGAGAACAUUACACCUCUUUAUGGGAUCUCAAACAUUUACUUGCUGGUAAAAUUCUGAUUGAUGUCAGCAAUAAUACAAGAGUAGACCAGUAUCCAGACUCCAAUGCAGAGUAUUUGGCAUCACUUUUUCCCGAUUCCCUAAUUGUCAAAGGAUUCAAUGUCAUUUCAGCUUGGUCACUCCAGUUAGGACCAAAGGAUGCCAGCAGACAGGUCUAUAUAUGCAGUAACAAUGUUCAGGCUCGCCAUCAAGUUAUUGAGCUUGCGCGUCAGCUCAGUUUCAUUCCUAUUGAUUUGGGGGCAUUGUCAUCUUCAAGGGAGAUUGAAAACCUACCUCUGCGACUGUUCACCCUGUGGAAGGGGCCUGUACUGAUUGCCAUUAGCCUGGCAACAUUUUUCUUCAUCUAUUCUUUUGUCAGAGAUGUCAUCCAUCCGUACAUGAGGAAUCAGCAGAGUGACUUUUACAAGAUUCCCAUUGAGAUUGUGAACAAGACCCUGCCAAUUGUUGCUAUCACUUUGCUUUCUCUAGUAUAUUUAUCAGGACUUAUUGCAGCUGCUUAUCAGCUUUACUAUGGCACUAAGUACCGGCGCUUUCCUCCUUGGCUGGACAGCUGGCUCCAGUGUCGAAAGCAGCUUGGACUGCUGAGUUUUUUCUUUGCAACAGUGCAUGUGGUCUACAGCCUCUGCUUGCCCAUGAGGAGAUCAGAGCGGUACUUGUUCCUCAACAUGGCAUAUCAACAGGUUCAUGCAAAUAUUGAAAAUUCUUGGAAUGAGGAAGAAGUGUGGCGAAUUGAAAUGUAUAUCUCCUUUGGAAUAAUGAGUCUUGGAUUGCUUUCCUUGCUGGCAGUAACUUCCAUCCCUUCAGUAAACAGUGCCUUAAACUGGAGGGAGUUCAAUUUUAUUCAGUCUACACUUGGAUACAUUGCUCUGCUUAUAAGUACUUUCCAUGUACUGAUUUAUGGAUGGAAGAGAGCUUUUGAAGAAGAGUAUUACAGAUUUUAUACACCACCAAAUUUUGUUCUUGCCCUUGUUCUGCCUUCCAUUGUAAUUCUAGGUAAGAUCAUCUUACUUUUGCCAUGUGUAAGUAGGAAACUGAGGAGAAUUCGAAGAGGAUGGGAGAAAAGCCAUGUUAUAGAAGAAGUAAGUGGGUCUGUUCCACAUCUCUCCCCAGAAAGGAUAACUGUAAUGUGAUGAUAUUUGUUAACACUGUUGUACAUGUUUGGGCUUUGGGUUUUUCGUCUGUGUCAAAUAAACUUGCAUUUUUAGGAGUUUAGCUAAGUAGGAGUAUUUGUAAGUCUCUUGCUUGACAUAUAGUACAAGCUCUUAACCAAACUAUGAGAAGUUUGUAACUAGAAGACCACUAUUUCUGAUAACUACAACAAUAUUUUUGUUUUGGAUUACAGAGGGCAGAUGAUUAUGAAAUUAAAAAAAAAAAUCAUGUUCCUUUGCACAGUUAUAUCACAAUAAUAUUUUAUUAGAACCAGGCUUUACAGAUAUUUUUUGCCUUAGAGCAUAUUUGUCUGAGUGCUCCUUACUAAUAUGGCAUUUUCUGGGCAGUGUUUCUUCUAUUAAUACCACAUUUCUGGGUUAAUGAGUUCAGAAUAUAAAGUAAAUUAUUUAGGAAAUAACUAAGGUUUGAAACAAAUUAAUUUGUAAUGAUCACAGAAUCACAGAAUGGUUUGAGUUGGAAGGGACCUUGAAGAUCAGGAAGUUCCAAUGCCACUGUCAUGGGCCUUAACAACUUUCACUAGACCAAGUUGUUCAAAGCCCCAUCCAACCUGGCCUUGAACACUUCCAGGGAUGGGGCAUCCACAACUUCUGCGGACAACCUGUGCUAGUGCCUCACCACCCUCACAGUAAAGAAUUUCCUCCAAAGAUAUAAAUCUAAACCAACUCAUUUAGUUUAUAGCCAUUCCCCCUUGUCCUACAUGCUAUUGCCCUCUCCAGCUCUCUUGUAGGCUCCCUUCAGGAACUGGAAAGCUGCAAUUAGGUCACCCCUAAGCCAUCCCUUCCAGGAUCCCUUCCAAUUCUCUCCACCUUUCCUCACAGAAGAGGCUUCCCAGCCCUCUGACCAUCUCGGUGGCCCUGCUCUGGACUCCAGCAGGUCCAUGUCCUUCUUGUGCUGGGACCCCAGAGCUGGGUGCCGUGUUCCAGGUGGGGUUUCUCUCCCCAGAGCAGAGCAGAGGGACAAAACCUCCCUGCCCUGCUGGCCACGCUGCUUUUGGUGCAGCCCAGGACACGUUUGGCUCUCUGGGCUGUGAGUGCACAUGGCCAGGUCACAUCCAGCCUCUCAUCCACCAGCACCCCCAGGUCCUUCUGGGCAGGGCUGCUCUCAAUCCCUUCAUCCCCAGCCUGUAUGGAUAUUGGGGGUUACCCCAGCCCAGGUGCAGCACCUUGCACUUGGACAAGUGUAUUGCACAUGUACAGUAUAUUUAUUUGUGUGUGGUUUUACACCAUUACAUGAUUGGAAUAUGCAAACCCAGUCUCAAUUAUGGUGUGACUGUACAUCUUGUAAGCAAAGGGUAUUGUACUAAACCAUCUUCUUUUUUCAAAGUAUUAAGUAGGAUUUUAGAUCUUUGGCAUCUCUUUAUUUCCAUGCAUCAUAUAAUGAAGAUUCAAAACAGUGCUAUACAUUUAUAGAAAGAUAAGUGUGUAAACUAGUUUUUGAUUUUUUAAUGACUUUAAAAUAUGUGGAAAUAUUUUAAAACAAAAAGAAAAGCUGAGAAUUCAGCAACAAUAAAAAUCCAUUUUCACUGUGAAACUUCCAAUAUAUUGGAAGUGUCACAAUACUCAUGUUCUGUAUGUGUCUACACUGGAGUUUCAGUUAUUAUAUAUGAAUUUCCCAGAAUGUGUCUUAAAUUCUUAGUAUCUUUUUGUGCAAAUCCAAUCUUCUAUUUUUAUAUAAAGGUCUAACUUUUACAAGUGUCUCUGGGAUAUGCCUGAAGUUUUGAGAAACCAAAUUAUUAUUAUUAUACUUAAAAAUCACUAAACAUUGACAUUUGCAUUUGCUGUUGGUUUCUAAAUAAUGUUCACAAUUACUUGUUACUACUGCUAUGUCAGUAGUAAUUGCUCUUCUCUCACAAAACAACCAAACUCAACUCAUACCUUCAGGCUGCUACUGCUUAAUUAACAGAACUUCUAUUUCAGUGACUCAGAUUGUGUAUUUGGUCCUAAUUUUCUUGUAUUAAAUUAUAUAUUUUCUUAUCUAUAUUUGCAUUGUUUAAAAGCUCUAGUUUUCUUAGCUGAACCUUCUCUUAUUAUUUAUUGCUUUGAAAGAAUUUGUCCUAUCAUGUAUCAGAAAUACAUAGAAUUAAGCUUGAAUUUAUCCUUAAACAUCACUGGUCCUGUCAAUCUCAUUAUCUCUGCUUGUAAUGAAAUCAACAGCUUCACAGAAAAAGAAGAUUCUAGAAUCAAACUUUGCCCCCAGUUAUGCCAACCUAAGCCUAAAGAAUUCAGGUUAGUUGUUCUUAAAUUAAUUUAAAAUUCUAAAUAUCUACAACAAUUUUAUUUUUAUUCUAGUAUCCAAAUUCCCCAAACUUACCCAUCAACCCUGUGUAUAUUCUGGGUUUGUUACAAAAUGAGAGACAGUUGAACUUCCUUUCAUUUUAAGCUUGUUCAAAUCUAGAGAUGAAAAAUAAAAUGCCUGCAUGAUGUUUUUUCAGAAUUAAAGUAUUUUUAUAUGUCUUUAGACAUAUUUUAUAUUGAAUGAGAGGCCAAUGGAUUCUUGAAAAUGGAGGUUUGUGAAUACAUUUUUUUGAAAAAAACAACUGUUACGUGGGUCAACAGAUAUUUGAUACUUUAUUUUAGUUCACAAAUUUUCAAUUUCAAGUAGCUGGAAAGCUCAUAUUAUCCUCCUUUUUAAGCCUUGGUGAGGAGUCAGUUGCAAGGAAAAUAAUUAGUUUUAUUUCUCCAUUUUUGGAAAAAUAAAUUAUAAUAACAGCAAUAAUUGGUCAGGCUAAGGUCUUUGAGACUUGUCUCCAGUAGCUUACAAGUGGUAGAUGCUUCUAAAAAGAAAGCAAGUGUCCAGUGAUUUUUUUCCUAACACAACUUCUCAGCCUCUUGGAAAUCAAUAAUUUUGGAUUUAUUUGAGACAGGUGCUGCCUCUGGAUUACUGUAUUUCAUAGGUGCGUCCUCCAAAACUUUAUCAAACUUUUUAGAAAUCUGAAACUCUCUUAUUUUUUCAACAGAAAAAUAAAUAAGGAAAAAAAGGUUCAAUAAAUCUAUCAAAUAAAUAAAUAAAUAUUUGCAUUCUUUCUUUUUUCCAAAACCCAAUAAGUUUGUGUCAGGGUAUUUAUUUUAUUGUUCCUCCUCCAAGAUGCAGCUGAGACUGGUGGUGAUACACAAGUACAAUACUUUUUUAUCAAACAUUCUAGACAUGAACUGAAAACCCUCUUGCUGCUGGAGACAGAUAGGAGCCUAAACUACUACAAAAGAGAUUUUCACAUAAAAAUGAAGAACAAGUAACAAUUAUGACUUCUAACUUAACUUUGUCUGUAAUGACAUUCCAAAAGGUGGAUACUUCUUAAAAGGCUUGCAGAAUUGAAUGUCCUGGACUGUUUCCUAUUUCAUUAUUGCAGAGUGAAACCACACAAGGUUGAAGCAUUGUGCUUUAUUCCUUUACAUAAAUUUAACUUUUAAAAUCUUAGAACAUAUCAAAUCUUGGAUAAUUUUAAUGGGAUAAAUACCACUCUACCUUCUACCCCAGUCCUGCACAUGAAACCUAAUUAAAAUCACUAGAAUGGGCUGGUAUAACUGAGAGUAGAAUUUCAUACCUCUGAACAGAUUUAAGCAGAAAGUAUUACCAUUGGCAAUCUGACUACAUUUGAAAAUUAAAUAUGCUGCUAUUAUUUUAUGGUAAUUUUACAUUUCUGUGGAAUAUGUAGUUAACAUUAAUGUUCCCUAUAAUUAUUUAAUUAUUUUGAUGCAAUAGUGAUAAUGUUGCAGAACUAUGAUAUUGUACUAACUGAAAAUUACUGUCAAAGGCCAUAGAUAUUGUACUGUAAUGCAUCCACUGACAGUAUAUACAGAAAUGUAUUGGCCCUCUUUCCUAUGCAAAAAGUUACUUCAUCAUUAAAUUUCUUCAACAAUGAUUAAACUGCUAAAUUUUAAACUGCCAAAGAUGUCUGGAGAGAGUAAUCAUGAGUCAUUCUUAUUUUAAAAUUGUGUGUAGAAAAUUAAAAAUGUGUUUUAAUUUUAUAUGUUACUUGAAAGGUUGAAAUAUUGAAGUAUUAAUAAACAGACAGUAUUUUUAGAUCAAUUAUAUGAAGGCAUUUUGUGAAAUAUUUGUGCUACAGAAGUGAAAUAUGAUUUCCUGUUAGGCCAUGUAUUUACUUGUAACUGGAAUAGCAUGUUGACUUGCUAUUUAAUAUUUUGUAGUGUUCUUUAAGGACCAAUUUGUUCUAACAAGACACUGUUAAGCCUGAAGGUAAACGAUGCUCAUGCAUUUAGCAAACUUUAUAUCCAGUAUAUGUUUAGUCCCACAAGGGAUCUUUAUUCAUGUGACCAAACACAUUGAUUUCUAUGAACUCUAUAAACCAUAGGCUUCUCAUUGGAAAAAUACCUGAGGCUAAUUGUUUAGUUUAGAUUGCCUAAAUAUGAGCAAUUAAAUUAAUUUAGACAUCUUAGUUACUUAGUAGAAUAAAUACAUAUUUUGGGGAAUAUUCUGCUAUAAAAUUAUUUUUGUGUAACUUUAUAUAAAUUGCUUAACCUGCCUAAUGAAAAUAAGUAAUGAAAUAAGCCUAAUUUCUCUUUAUAAUUGUACAUUUUAAAAAAUAGAGCUUAAUAUGUGAUACAGAAUUGUACACAUAUUAUAAAAUGGAGACUUGUAUGUAUUUAGCAACAGAUUAUUUCUUUUCCGUGGAUAUUAAAGUAUUCUUUCUUAACAUUGUCUAAAACAGAGUUCUAUCAUAGGUUCCAUGUGUCUUUAAUUUUAUCUUAAAAUUCUAUUAACAUGUUGCAACUCUGUACAAGUUAAUUAAGUGCACAUGUUCUUGAAUUAUUUAGAGUUUUUGAGUUAUUUAGAGAUUAAUUAUUUUGUAAUUGUUUUUCAAGUUCUUUAGCUUGUGGUAAUGGUUACUGUGAAUUGUUGCCACAUUUAAUUUUUUGUUCCAACAUUGUAAAUUAUAUGAUGUGCCAAGAAUAUUUUUAUUUGGCAUUAAUUGCCUAUAAAAUAGUGUGUCUUUGUGUUUGUGUCUGUAUGGUAUUAGCUGCCCAACUGGCAUUAAAGGAAAUAGUUAAUAUAAGGCAAUGAGUUCCUCAGUGGCAAUAAAUUUCACGGGUAUGAAUAUAGUUAGGAAACAGUUUUCCUCUCAAAGUUAGAUAUAUCAGGUGCAUAAAAAUUAGUUAGAUUGAAUUUUUCAGUGUAGUAUUUUCACAUAUGCAGUGGUAAUGAAUGCAUCUGCAUAGUUCCUUGCAGACAGUGCAUCUCCUAAUACACAAGGUUUUGAUUUUUUGGCUGUUCAUCCUGUAGUAUUUUCUGUCAAUAUAAUGAAUAAUGUUGCUGUACUGAUAUUGUAUCACCAUAUGAUACUGCUUGAAUUAAUUAGAUUACAGCCUUUAAAAUAAGUGACACAUUUAACUGACUUGAACAAUGAUCUCUGUCAUUAUAUAUUGUUUCUCAUGCCUUGUUGGCAGUGUCUUACCGUAAGCAUAAUAUGUCUCCCUUGUGUAAUAUUCUCUUUGUAGCUGUGUUUGUCAGACUGUUCGUGCUGUCUCUCUGAACAGGGCUAUUAUAAAUUAUUAGUAAUGCUCUUAUCUAUUUUUCCACAGACUGUGUUUUACACAAAAAUCAAUAAAAAAAAUCAAUGUAAGGUA